AUACAGACUGCUUCUACAAAUAUUUGUGAAAGAAUGGGUCGCUCUCAGGAGUUUACUGAAUUCAAGCGUGGUACUGUGAUAGGUUGCCACCUGUGCAAUAAGUCCAUCCAUGAAAUUUCCUUGCUACUAAAUAUUCCACGGUCAACUGUUAGUGGUAUUAUUAUAACAAAGUGGAAGCAAGUGGGAACAACAGCAACUCAGCUACGAAGUGAACGGGGUCAGUGCAUGCUGAAGUGCACAUUAUGCAGAAGUCACCAACUGUCUGAAGAGUCAACAGUUAAAGACCUCCAAACUUCGUGUGGCCUUCAGAUUAGCAAAACAACAGUGCAUAGAGAGCUUCAUGGAAUGGGUUUCCAUGGUUGA